UUUUUUUGCAUGGAAAUUUGUGCUAAAUAUGUUGUUAACUGUUGGUUUAGAGGAUUUUCGAGUAUAAAGAGUGUGGAGAAGAGCUCAAUGGCUUUUAUAAUGCGCGUUUCGGAUGAUGAGAUGGAGGAUUCAGAAGAAGAGGCUAUGGAGGAUUCUGGGCGAACUUUAGUUACUGGGAAACGAUUCAAUUGUGAUGAUAUUUACAUUAGUGAGAGUGAUGAUUCUGAUUAUGAGUUAGCUUUUGAUGAACAAUCAUAUUUAAUGGAUGGAGUAGGAGUUUUGGAAGGUGCUCUGUUUGAGCGAAGCCAGGAGCAUCAGCUUGGAGUUAAGGAAGAGCUUAGGAACCAAAUCUCAGCAUUAGAGAUAGAAUUAAUGAGAGAAAGUGAAAAGUCUGAUUCUGCAUCUAUGCGAGUUGAGAAGUAUGUAGAUGCAAGAAGGGAAUCAGACCGAAAAUUUGAUACUCAAUAUCAGCGUAAAAUUGCAGAAGCACUUGAUAAUCACUUGACUGCUAUCCAGCGGGAUCAUGAGCUCAAAUCACAAAUAGAAGAGAGGAGAAUAAGAAAUGAUGCAGCUAAUGAAGAGGCUAAGAGAAGGGAAAAGGCUUUGCAAGAAGAAAGACUGCGCCAAGAGAGAGCUAGGGCAGAAGCAGAGGCUAAACGUAAAGUUGAGGAAGCAAAAAUGGCUGCUCUAGAAGCAGAGAGGAGAGCCGCAAAGGAAGCUGCCGAAAAGGAAGCUGCCGAAGCCUCAAAAAGGAUAGCUGCUGUAGUCUCUCAGGGGGAUGUUGCUGGACACGAUGGAAAUGUCAGUUCAGCAAACAGCAGUCUUCAGUCUCAGGAAGCUGGAUCUAACGGAAGUGAUAAACCAAAAUCAGCAGGUGAUAUUAUGAGGGCUGCAAAAAGUGCUCGUAACCUAGAGCAGGGAAGACUACAGAAGCUUAAAAUGCUGGAUGAUGAAAACCAGUCACUUAGAUUGAGUUCUAAAUUGGGUUUCAGCGGCCAUGAGAAGCAUAUUUUAAGAUUGAUGAAACAAAUAAGUGGAACAAAAGAGAAUGUUAGUGCAAAAUCAAGUGAACUCAUUAAGAUUUUCAAGAACCCUGCAUGCCCUCAAUCCAUCAGCAUUGUGACAUUUGCAGAGAAGGUUGUCUCCCUAUGUACAAGCCCUGCUUUUCCUGCUUUUGCAUGUAGUCAUGUUGUUGUUCUUGUUAUUUCACAGGUCCCACAUGCAAUGGAUAUUCUUCUGGCUAAGUUGCAUAAAGCAUGUGUAUACACUGUCCCAAAGUACAUAGCGUACUCGAAGUCAGCAUUUGAUUCAAGAGUGGCUUACCUCAAAACGAUUGGAUAUGAAGAGCAUGAUGGGAAAAUUGAAAGUACUGAAGAGUAUUUGCAACGAUUGGAAUCCUACAUGAGACUUUAUGGGGCUCUGGUUCAGACAGAAGUCCAGGGCGUCCAGAAUCCUCAUGGUCCAAAAGAAGGUUGGGCAUGGCUUGCUAGGUUCUUAAAUACUCUCCCUGCCAAUAAAUAUACUGCGGUUGCACUGAAAGCAUUCCUGCAAACAGCAGGGUUUGUUCUCUUCAGAAAAUACAGAUCUCAGUUUCGGAAACUGCUGAACAUCAUCUUAAAGGACUUUCUAAAGGUAUUGAGAGAGAGUGAAGAUUCAGAACUCAGACCUAUAAUUAUAGAGAUCCAAUCCUAUAUAGAAGACAAUGAGUUCAUUCAGGAGCCAGAAGGAAGGAGCCUGCAGGGUUCAUUGCUGUCUAAAGUUAUGGCGCCCGGAUCACAACCAAGUAGAAGUUACUACGAUUAUUGAUCAGAAAAAAUCAGCAUUUGAUGCCUAAAUUUGGUUAGAUAAAUCCACUAUCUCAGGAUAUCUAUUAUGCGGACUGCCCUGCCCCGCGGCAUCUAUUGGAAAAUGAAGCGGAAAAAUUAGUUGCAAUCUCUAGAUUUGGUUAGGUUAUAUCAGGCAUCUUCUCAACCAUCAUGGCGAGUUUUAGUAUGUCAAUGAUGUGCUAAUUGCUGAAUUAAGCUUGGAUGACCAGAAUAAUAAUCUAGCCCACCCUUUCUCCCUCUGCUGCCUGGGUGGCUACACUGUUCAAAUAUUUUAUUGAGAAUUUCUGAUCAUUUGAAGGCGUACAGAUGAACUCCUUUUGCCUUUGCCCUGUACGUAAUUGUGUUGCAAAAUAUCAAAAGAGUAUUUGGGGGCAUCA